ACUGCUCUGGCACUCCACUUCCGCUUCUCCAUUUCUGGAGCUGCCCUCCUUCCUCUCGCAUCUCCCUUGAGCUCUGGGCUUUCAACCCUCCCUUAACCAAAGGGCAAACGUAGAGGCCUGAAUUCUCUCCGCGCCUUGCCUGGUUCCUGCGGAGGAGGGAUCCCAGCGUGGAGGAAGGGGAAUCCGGGAAGCGGAGGAAGCUGGCGAGGGGGAGCCAGGCUGGGCGAGGGAGAGGCCCCUCUGCGCAUGCGCCGCCUGAACCAGGCCCAGGACGAGGGAAGGAGCAGAGCAAAAAUGCAGAGGAGUUUGGAGCAGCGAUAUGCGAUCAAGUUCUGUGUCAAACUUGGAAAAUCUGGCUCUGAAACGUUGCAAUUGUUGAGGACAGCUUAUGGGGAUACUGUGUUGUCUUCAGCCCAAGUCUUCAGGUGGCACAAGGCAUUCAAGGACGGGAGGGAAAGCGUUGAGGAUGAACAGCGUGCCGGCCGCCCUUCAACUGCAAGAACGGAGGAGAAUGUGUCUCGAGUGAAGGCAGUUCUGGAUAGGGACCGAGGUUUGAAUGUGCGGUUAAUCGCAGAGAAGGUAGGACUACCGAAAACGGAUGUCCAUCGAAUCAUGACAGAAGAUCUGCACAUGAGAAAAAAUUGUGCGAAACUGGUCCCGAAGAAUUUGUCAGAUGAACAAAAAAACAAUCAUGUGUUGAUUUCUCAUGAACUCUUGGGUCGUGUGUCAAGUGAGCCUGACUUACUGCAGCGACUGAUAGCUGGAGAUGAAACAUGGGUUUUUGAGUAUGAUCCCACAGCUGAAAAACAAACUUCAGAGUGGCACACUUCCCAGUCAACUCAACCAAAGACUGAAUAAGCAGAUCAAGAGUCCAAUCUAUGCUCAUUUGUUUUUAAUCAAAGAGAAUUGUUCACAAGGAGUCUGCCACCCAGACAGAUGGUGUAUCAAAGGUACUCAAUCUUUUGAGAAGCAAGAGUUGUACACUUCUGCUGUUUAAUUGCAAACACAUGGUUUGUUCAGCAUGCCAGUGUGCUAAGUCAGAGAUCGCUCUCUGUGAGGGACUUUGGUUCAAAACAAUAUGACAAUACUGCCCCAACCACUGUACAACCUUAUCUUGGUCCUGUGCAAUUUCUUGUUAUUCCCUGAGCUCUAAACCCAUUUCCAUAGAUAUCAAUUUGGGACGGUUGGAAAUAUCCACGCAGCCGUGGCGAGGGCUUUGAACAACAUCUCUAGUGAAGACUUCUUUCACUGUUUUGGUUAAAUAUUUGAAAGGUUGUCACAUUGAGGAGGGGCAAACUUGUUUUCUACUGCUCCGGAGAUGAGGACACAGAGCAAUGGAUUCAAAUUGCAGGAAAAGUGAUUCCAUCUAAACCUUAGGAACAACUUCCUGACUGUAAGAGCUGUUUGACAGUGAAAUAUUGUACCUGAGAGCAGAGGAAUAUCCUCUGGAUGGCCAUUUGUUGGGGGUGAUUUCAAUAGCAGAAUGGUGUUGGACUGGAUGGCCCUUGGGAUCUCUUCCAACGUGUAUGAUUCUACAAUAUGGAAUUGCUGUAGUCAGGCACAAAUAGCCUGUUUUGAAGGGAAUAUACUGCAAUUGUAUGUAUGUUCAAUAAAAAUGUUUUAAUUAAUUCUCA